AUGUCUAGCGGACGAGAUGAGACUGUUACGGUUUUCUUGGGAGAUUUAUCACGUGAUGCAACGAAAGAAGAUGUUGAAAAAACGUUUAGCUAUUAUGGAAAAUUGAGAAAUGUUUGGCUUUCAAGAAGUCCAUGGGGAUUUGGCUUCAUUGACUUUGAAGACCAACGUGAUGCAGCUGAUGCAGUUAAAGCUCUGGAUGGAAAAAUGAUUUGUGGCUCGCGUGUUCGUGUUGAGUUUUCACAUGGUCGCGGUAGAUCGAAUCGAGGCGGAGGCGGAGGUGGAGGUGGAGGAGGAGGACGGAGCCGUCGACGAUCGGGUAGUCGAUCACCUCGCUCCAGAAAGCCUUAUAGUCCUCAUGAUGUUUGCUAUGAAUGUGGAGAUCGUGGUCAUUAUGCGUACGAUUGUGAAAUCCGAUUAAGACGACAACGUCGUAUGAAGUCAACAUCAAGAAGUCGAAGUCCUAGACGAAAAGAAAAUGAAUCUUCAUCUCGACGUAAAGGACGAAGUCGUAGUCGUUCUGUAAGUAGUCGAUCUGGCAGUGGUCGAGGUCAUGGCAACAGUGGUUCUCAUUCACGGUCGGGUUCACGUUCUCGAUCAAAUAGUUCAUCUCAAUCAGAAGAACGAAGAUCACACUCAAGAACUCGAUCACAUAAUAGCCGAUAA